AUGAGUUUCAACGAAAAGCCGUCUUCAACCUGGUUUCAGAGGACCUUGAAACAAAUUCAAAGCAUACUGGUUCACAUAUUGGCUUCAAGUUUUCAGGUGCAAACCCUGAUGCUGGCUCCAGUUUUGAUGUUAAUGAUGUCAGUGUCUGGUGAUGGAAUGCUUGGUCCAAUGGAUGUUAUUGGUGAUCAAGUGUCGGUAGAAACUGUUCAGGUGGUAAAGAACGAUCAAAAUGUUUCUUAUCAAGAGUUAAGUAGGAGCUCUGCAAGUGGAGCCAAUCAAGGAACUGGACAGAUUGAUAGUAAGGUUUUGAAUCCAGAAACGUUGAAGGUAAACUCGUUAAGAGUUUUUGAUGCAGUUGUAUCAGACUUUGAUAUUUUAGAACUUUUCGAUUCCUCAGAAAAAGGCUUGAGUACCGUGAAUAAAACUUUUAUGGCCCCGGUGCUACUAUGA